CGGCGUCACAGCGCUGUGCGCCUGAGGGAAAAGUGUGUGUUCGCCCGCCUGUCCCCGCCCAGUCUUCUCCCUCUCUUUACAUGUCCCUGCCCACCUCCUCCCUCUCACGCAUCUUCCCGCCCAGUCGCCUUCCCUCACCCCAAUGAUCCCGCCCAGUCUCCUCUCCCAUACUCGCGCGUCCCCGCCCAGUUUCCUGCCCCGGACGCGCCCCCUGACUGUCCGGAGAGUCCAGCGCUCGUGCACAGGAGCCUGUGGGAGAAUAGGAGGCGCGGCGGUGAGUGAGGACAAACAUGGAACAGGAUUCUUACUCCUAACAAUAGAAGACGUUGUGGAAAGGGACAAUCUUUUCUAACAAGCCAACUAGAGACGUCAAUUUCUUCUUACACCUCUAGAGGAUUCACAAAAAAUUCUCAUGUUCUGGAUAGAAGAAACAUUCAACAACUAAUUUGAUUCUCAUCUCAUACAUGAUGAGCCUCAAAGGAGAGAGAACCCAUCUGUGCUCUGAGUGCGACAAAAGCUUUAAUCGUUAUUCAGAGCUUCUCACACAUCACAAGAGCCACACAGGAGAGAAACCAUUUACAUGCUCUGAGUGCAGCGGACAUUUUUUUAGUAAAUCCCAACUUAAGAGACAUUGGAGGAGUCACACAGGAGAGAAACCAUUUACAUGUUCUGAGUGCAGCAAAUCUUUCACCCGUAAUUCAAGUCUUGAAAGACAUUGGAAGAGUCACACAGGAGAAAAACCAUUUAAAUGCUCUGAAUGCAGCAAGUGUCUUACCUCCAAGCGACAACUUGUUUUCCAUCAGAGACUUCACACAGGAGAAAAACCAUUUCAGUGCUCUGAAUGUAGCAAGUGUUUUAUCGCCAAGCGACAACUUGUUAAACAUCAGACAAUUCACACAGGCUCUGACGCUAGCAAGUGUUUUCCCCAAAAUUCAUCUCUUGUCAUUCAUCAGAGGAACCACACCGGAGAGAAACCUUAUAAAUGUUCGGAAUGCAGCAAGUGUCUUUCCUCCAAGAAACAACUUGUUAUACACAAGAGGCUUCACACAGGAGAAAAGCCAUUUAAAUGCCCUGAAUGUAUUAAGUGUUAUAUAGAUCAGUCAAGUCUUCUUAGACAUCAAAAGAUUCACACAGGAGCAAAACCGUUUAAAUGUUCUGAGUGCAGCAAAUGUUUUGUCUAUAAGGGAGAUCUUGUUAUCCAUCAGAGGAUUCACACAGGAGUGAAUCCAUAUAAAUGUUUAGAAUGCAACAAGUGUUUUUACCAUAAAUCACAACUUGUCGGUCAUCAUAUGGUUCACACAGGAGAGAAACCAUUUAAAUGUUCUGAAUGCAGCAAAUGUUUUUACAAAGAGUCGCAACUUGUUAUCCAUCUGAGGAUUCACACAGGAGAGAAACCAUUUAAAUGUUCUGAAUGUAGCAAAUGUUUUUCCAAAAAGUCGCAACUUGUUAUCCAUCUGAUGAUUCACACAGGAGAGAAACCAUUUACCUGCUCAGAAUGCAGCAAUUUUUUUAAAGAUUUUUCAAGUCUUCGUAAACAUCAGAGGAGUCACACAGGAGAGAAACCAUAUACAUGCACUGAAUGCAGCAAGAGUUUUACAAAUUUUUCAGGUCUUCGCAAACAUCAGAGGAGUCACACAGGAGAGAAACCAUUUACAUGUUCUGAAUGUAGCAAAUGUUUUUCCCGUAAGUCAUCUCUUGUUAGACAUCAGAGGAGCCACACAGGAGAGAAGCCAUAUAAAUGUCCGGAAUGUGGCAAGUGUUUUACUGCCAACCGACAACUUGUUAUACAUGAGAGGAGUCACACAGGAGAGAAACCAUUUAAAUGCUCUGAAUGUAGCAAGUGUUUUGUCUCCAAGCGACAACUUGUUUUACAUCAGAGGAUUCACACAGGAGAGAAACCGUAUAAAUGUUCAGAAUGCAUCAAAUGUUUUACCUACAAGCCACAACUUGUUAUACAUCAGAGGAUUCACACAGGAGAAAAAACAUUUAUAUGCUUUGAAUGCAGAAAAUGUUUUACAGAUGGCUCAAGUCUUCGUAAGCAUCAGAGGAGUCACACAGGAGAGAAACCAUUUACAUGUUCUGAAUGUAGCAAAUGUUUUCUCCAUAAGUCAUCUCUUGUUACACAUCAGAGGAGCCACGCAGGAGUGAAAACAUAUACUUGUUCUGAAUGCAGAAAAUGUUUUACCUCCAAGCGACAGCAUGUUAUACAUAUGAGGAUUCACACAGGAGAAAAAUAUAUAUAAAUGCUCCAAAAGUAGCAAGUGUUAUAUCGAUUUGUCAAGUCUUCUGAAACACCAGAAGAUUCACACAGAAGAAACCAUUUACGUGUUCUGAAUGCAUAGUGCUUUACUAGUAAGAAAAAAUCAUAAAUUACCUUUUAUCACUACAAUAUCCAUACAAGGGAGCCAAUAUUAAUUUUCUGAAAUGUGGCAUGUGUUUUCUAUAAAUUGGUAUCGAUAAAGACAGGAGAGGAUGAAUUUUGUUUCCUUUAUAUAGCUAUUGUUAAUGUCAAUUUAUAAUACGCCUAGUUAUUUGAUGUAUUGGGUUGUUUUGUUGUGUUUUGGUCAGUGUUACUGUUACAAGGAUAUUGAUUGUGUUAUAUUUAUUCUGUACUGGCACCAAUCAAAGACUCAGCAGAUAAAGCACCUUGAGUCCUAUUGGAGAAAGAGCGCUAUAUAAAUAAAAUUAUUAUUAUUAUUAUUAUUAUUAUUAUUGUAAAUUGCAUAGGAGAACUUUGUUACGUAGUAACUAUUGAUCAAAAGGCAAGGUACUUCUAAGAUGCAUAAGUUCAGUAAUUUUAGAGUCAAGCUUUUAGCAGAGACAAGACAUUGGUGGGAUCAGGAAAUUCUUCGCAACUAUAAAAAACUGAUCCUUAGAUGGUGACAUAUUUUCAAAUCCUAAUCCUUUAACCACUUGCCUGGCAAGGUGGCAUCAGAUGCGACCAUGCCUGCAAGUGCUCUAUCUGACCUGGGCGCACGGGAUGCGACCAGUCAGAUAGAGAGUGUUAGCAGCGGCAGGGAAGAUAAACUUCCCUCCGCUGCUGCUGUCAGAGGGACCGGAAGGACCCUCUGCCUCCCUGCACUCUCCCCCUGUGUCUGCUGUGCUGCCGAUCACUGCUGAUCGGUCAGCACGGCAGACAAUAGCAGCCGCUGGGGAGAGUAAAUGAACCCUCCCAAGCCACCCUCAGACACCAGAAGGCUGGCCCGGCUUUCAAAAUGAAAGCCGCAAUGUUCCCGAUUGAUGUUUAAAAAAAUAUAUUUUAAAAAAUUCCCCUUUUUUUUUUUUUUUUUCUUUUACUAAAAUCGUUUGUGGUAGGGUUAGUCAUGUUCUUCACUUAAUUCACUCAUAAAAACCGACAAUUUCGGAGCGGUAUUUGGCAAAAUAAAUCGUCUGUUAAGUGGUCAAGGCUGAUCCUAAAUUGACCUCUAAUUGGAAUACUAUAUUGGACAAGUGUUCAUUUCCACGGAUUAGACUAUUACUUUUAUAUAGACGAAAUUAGAUUUCCAAAUUAUUUGGAGAAAUUGAAAAAAACUCAAGACCUGCUGAAGUCUUUUUAAAAUUUGUUUGGGUUUAAAGAACGAGAUCAGAUAUUAAAUAAAAAGAAAUUGAGGAUUAUGAAAAAUUCCUGGGUAGUAGUAAUAAUAAUAAUAAUAAUAAUAAUAAAUUGAUUUGACACUUUAAUACUUAGGCUAACAAUCUAGUGAGGUCCUUUACAGAAGGCAUGUCAGGAAUCAGUCUCCAGUAGGUAGAUCUAAUCCACCCUCUGAUUUUUUUAAGCUUAGAACAGACAGUUAUGUGAAACAACUGGGAAGAAAGAAUAGUGAAUUCCAAUAUGCGUGUAAAUGGAACAGAUGUAUAUAGACAGACGUAAGAGAUGUAAUUAUAACCAAUCGCGUGAAGAUGAACAUUAUCCCAAAUUGAAUGAUCACUAUUUAUUGAAGGGGCAAUACCAAAAUCAUUUAUCGCAAAACAAGAGAACUGAUCAAAAUUCUGGUGAAUUCAAAGUACAGGAAACAAUUAAUCAAGACAAAUGACGAAUUCAUUUUUUUAGGACAGUAUAAUCAAAAAAGAUAGAGAUGAAAAUACAGGGGAUGUAGCAAUCCACCAAAAAGUGUAAAAAUAGGUUAAGAAAUAAAAGACAAGGACUCUUUGCGAACAUGAAAAAUCAGUGAUUAUAAUGGGACUUUACGUAACCCUGAUAUGUUUGAUCGAAAGAGAUAUUUUGCCAAUACAAACAUCGAAAUCAUUAAUGGUAGUGCUAUUGUCUUGGAUAAUCAAGAAAUGAUUCAUGCAAUAGAUGAGCUUCUUGGCUGAGAGUGGAGCUACCGACAAACUGUCUGAAUAUCCUGAGGCCUUUUAUAGAAUGACGGAGGAUUUUUGAUAAUUUUGUACUAAAAAAAAAAUACAGCAUAUAUAAGAUCCAUCAGGAUAAUUUACAUUUCAAUAAAAGAGCAUUGAAAAAUCUUACGAAUGAUGAGUCUAUAAUAAUUAAGGGGGCUGAUGAGGUGUUGUCAUUCAAGUUGGAAUUGAUUACCUCUCUGAGGCAUGCAAGCAGAUGAAUACGUUUUCUAGCAAAUUUAUAUUUUUCAACGGUUCAAUUUCUAUCCGAGUUGAAAAAUCUGUUGGAUAGUGCACUGACCAAGGGUGAUAUUUCUAAGGAUAAAUUGUUUUCUUUAUGCAGCUCACCUGAUUAUUCCCACCUAUUAUCACAUCUCUAAAAUUCAUAAAUAUUUAUUCUCACUACCUGGGUGUCGUGUUAUAUCUGGGUUCUUUAAUCACUAAACUAUCUUCUGUUGACUCUUAUCUUCAAACUCGCGUCAUUGCUUUUCGAUCCCACAUCAGCGAUAUACCCAAAUUCAAAUCUUUAUGAACGGUAUCACUUGGUAUGAUGAGGGGUGUUCACUUGUGUGAUAUAGAGACUCUGGGGGUCAUUCCGAGUUGAUCGCUAGCUGCAUUUGUUCGCCGCGCAGCGAUCAGGCUAAACAACGGCAGUUCUGCGCAUGCAUAUGCGGUGCAAUGCGCAUGCGCGUUUUAAGGGCACAACGAACUAUGUCGUUUUGCACAGGGUCUAGCGAAGCAUUUCAGUCGCACUGGUGACCGCAGUGUGGUUGACAUGAAGUGGGCGUUUCUGGGUGUCAACUGACCGUUUUCAGGGAGUGUUCGGAAAAACGCAGGCAUGGCUGGGCGGGUUUGGGACGUCAAAACAGGAACUAAACAGUCUGAAGUGAUCGCAAGCGCUGAGUAGGUUUUGAGCGACUCUGAAACUGCACAAAAGAACUUUGUAGCCGCUCUGCGAUACAGUCGUUUGCACUUCUGCUAAGCUAAAAUACACUCCCAGUGGGCGGCGGCAUAGCGUUUGCACGGCUGCUAAAAUCUGCUAGCAAGCGAACAACUCGGUAUGACCCCCUCUGUACUCCUUUAUCCCCACAAAUUGGGAUUUGAGGCUGUUCAACAUUAUCUAUCUAUCUAUCUAAUACGAGAGCACUCACAGACUGACUCAUCACUAAUUCUCGUACUUCCUGAUAUAUUAGAUGAAAUGUAACAUAGGUAUUCUGUAGGUGGGAAAUGGUAAAACCAUGUAAUUACAAUUUUAAAAAACCUCCCCUAACGGGAUGAAAAGGGGGUUGACAUAAUGACGUCUUUACCAAUAAGUAGCUUGCGUUGCGUGAAUGAUAAUGCCCAAAUGGACAAUUGUAUUGAAAUUUGUAUUGCACCUCCAGUGUGUAGAGUUUAAUAAACUACAAAAAUGGUCCUGUCACUUUUCACCGUAUCUGCUACAUGUGCUCCUCGGGUAACGCCAAGAACCAUGGAUUAAUAUUUACUUACAUCUCAAAUUUACAGCUCUACAGAUUUUCCAGAUUUUUAACACUUAUUUAUAUUUACAAAUGUGAAAAUCAGAAACUCCUGUGCGAAGAACGGGUAGAACAGGAGUGUACUGAUAUGGGAUUGGAUCCUAGACAAUGUAAGUUUAUCCUGGAUUCAAUUUCUUUUAUUCUUCCUCAUAAAUUUUUUUUUCUGCUCGACACAUCUCCAGGUACAUGGGAACACCAUGGGCAAUAUAGUUUGCCCCGAGUUUUGCCAGUUUGUACAUGGGGCUCUUUUAGGACCAAUUUUCACUGCAAACUUGGCGCUCCAUGGCAGGUAUUUAGACUACCUAUUUUGGCAUUUGGAGCUGGUAUUCUGAUUCAAUUCCUUCCUUUAGUUCUCAUCUUAAUACAAAUACUUUCCAUCAUUCAUACAAGUUUUCUUGAUAUUUCCCCCUCGGUCAGGAAUAGUUAUGGACUGCAAUCUUUAAAAAAAAAAGCAGUACUGUAGUUUUGUUUUUGUUUCCCCCCCCCAAAAUAUUUUUAUUAAAUUUCAGUAGGCAACAUGGUACAAGAGAGACUGUAUACAUAAAGAAAGCCAUGCAUAAAUCACGGUGAUGGGGACAGAAUAGUCCAUAAAGUGAUACACACUAAAAAUAAAUCAAUACAGUGUAGUGGCAGUCUUGCCCAUAAUUUACAAGAAAACAGACAAAAAACAGAACAAUUAUGCAAAUGUCGAAAAGGAAAUGGGAAGAAGGAUAAGAAACGCGUAGUAGGAUUCUGCUUUUAAGCGCUUCUCAAACCACUCAACCACUUUGAUCGAAAUAGAUUAAAUAUAACGUGGUAUGCAAGAUCCAAUGUACAUUACAGUUACAAUGCAAUAAAAGUAUAUUCCAACUCAGAA